GCCAGCACUCCUGAGGAGUGUGGUGGCCCGGGGCCCGGCCGGCACCUCCCGCUGGCCACGUAGCAACAAUUUAGUUGACAUCAAGAACGCUCGAGUGUGGCUGAUGAGCCGUCUCCCACCAUACUUUUUUAACUAACUUAACUCUGAGGGACAAAAUGAAGGUUAAAGAAAUAAAUGAAACUGCCAAUGUGGCCUGGUCUCCGUCAGCUGUAUACCCAGCAUAUUUGGCAUGUGGUACUGCUGCCCAACAGCUGGAUGCCAGUUUCAAUACCAGUUCUACACUUAAGAUCUAUGACCUAAAUGUUGGUCAAAUCAACCUGGAUAUGAAGCUUGCAGCAUCUGUUGAGCUGCCUGCCAGAUUCCAUGCUCUACAGUGGAGUGGCUUGGGAGGUAAUAAUGCAGGCCUCAUAUAUGGUGGGUGUGAGAAUGGCGCCAUCUAUAUCUAUGAUGCUGCAAAGCUUCUGACCAAUGCUCCUGAUAAGCUCGUGUGCAACACAGAAGGUUUGCACUCUGGCCCAGUGUUCACUCUUAGCUGUAACUAUUUAAAGGCAAAUUUUGUAGCGUGUGGUUCUUCAGAUUCUGAAGUAACAGUUUGGGAUAUCACUAAUCUCAGUGCUCCCAUCAUACCUGGAAAAAAGCUGUCACUUGGUGGAGAUGUAUCUUGUGUUGAAUUUAACAGACAAGUGGAGCACAUCUUUGCAUCUACCUGUGCUGGUCACUGUGUUGUAUGGGACCUUAGAAAACACUCGUCUAUCAUGACCAUCUCUGACACUGUUUCAAGGAUGAAAGCAAGUAACAUCAUCUGGAAUCCCAGUGUGGCAACUCAGUUACUGUUAGCUAGUGAUAAUGAUAUGACACCAUGGGCUCAGGUCUGGGAUCUCCGUUAUGCUACUUCUCCCCUCAAGACCCUGGAGGGGCACCAACGUGGCAUCCUAAAAACGGCUUGGUGUACUCAGGAUGGUAAUUUGUUAAUCACCACAGCAAAGGAUAACAAAAUUUAUGUGUGGAACCCAAAUGCAGUUGAGCGUGGUUCAGAAAUUGUUGGAGAGUUUCCUUCCUACAACCAAUGGAGCUUUGACAUGGACUGGGGUCAGCGAGAUCCCUCCCUGGUUGCUACGGCAUCUGUUGAUGGUUGUGUCAGUGUUUACUCCUUGUUAGGUGGGGGUCUGCCUCCUACACAGUCAGAUAAAUUCUCACAGAUAGCAGACUCAUUUCCUGGCAUGGAAAUUCCUCCGGUUGUUCCUCAAGGAGCCACCCCACAACCCAUUAGGCUAAGAAAUCCUCCAAAGUGGUUUGCUCAGACAGCUGGGGCAAGUUUUGCAUUUGGUGGGCGGUUAGUGUCCUGGAACAACCAGAGCAGAAGUGUAGAAAUUGCACAAGUUGUCACUGAGCAGACAUUGGUUGAGCGCAGCAGUCAGUUGGAAGGAGCACUUUCACAGCCACAUUUUGCUCCAUUUUGUCAGGCUAAAGUUGAAGCAGCUACCCAACGCAAUGAUCAGAUAUUGUGGCAGUACAUUGGUGCCAACUUUGACUCUUCUCCACGUAAUAAGUAUAUGGAACUUUUAGGUUACUCUGCUACCCAAGUAUCAAGCAAGAUUCGCCCAUUGAUGCCUGAGAUUGAAGGAGUCAAUGCAGAAGUUUUGGCUGAUAAGAUGACAAACUUGGCUACAAAUGAUGGGAGUACUGGGUCACUAGAUCCUAGUGAGCAGUUUGAGAUGAUUGCUUCUGCACAGUCAUUUGAUAAAACUCCAGAAACUGAGGUGGCUGAACCAGAAUUGGAAGCCACUCUUCCAGUUGUACAACUUGAAGUUGAGGAGAGUGAGGAAAAUCACCAUGGCCUCAUAACCCAAGCUUUGUUAGUUGGGGAUCUGGAGUCUGCAGUUGAGCUGUGUAUCAAGGAUGGAAUUUACCCUCAUGCACUGACUCUUGCAGCUCAUGCUGGACAAGAACUGUUUGCCAAGACACGGGAUGCUGUAUUGGCCCAAGUGGAUGGAAGUUUGGCAUCUUUGGUGGGUGCAGUGGUCCGUGGUGACUUAACUUCCAUCACUACUACAUGUAAUCUUAGCAAAUGGAAAGAGGCUUUAGUGGCAGCUCUUACAUAUUCCAGUGAUGAGCACUUUCCAGCCCUUGCAGAAAGUUUGGGAGAACGUCUUGAAGCUAAGGGAAACUCGGAGUCAUUGCUGUCGGCAAUGAUCUGUUAUGUUUGUGCUGGCAGUCUGGAGAAGUUUGUUUCUUGUUGGAUCAAAACACGACCAAAGACGAAUACACCAAAUGACUUGCAGGACCUAGUGGAGAUCAUCAUGGGCCUUCAGCGAUCCUUGUCAACUGCCGGCCGACAAACUAACCUGAGUGAUGGCAGCACUGUGAGCUCCCUCCUCUGUCAGUAUGCAUCUCUUCUUGCUGCGCAGGGUGCACUUAACACAGCAGUAUCAUAUUUAAAUUCUGCUACUCAGGGUGAAAUGGUUGAACUACGAGAUAGGUUGUACCGUGCACUUGGGUAUACUACUGGGAGCAACAUUCAUCCUAGCUUGCAAUCAACUACCCGAGUAUCAAGUCUAAGAAGAACUUCUACUCCUCAGAGUUAUACUCAGUCUCAGGAUAGGGCAUGGAUAAACCAGAGUUUAGGUUAUGCUGAUCGGCUUCCUUUGGCAUACCAAGAAGUAUUCUGUCAACUGGCUAUGCAGUCAGUUAAGAUCAAGCCGGCCUGUGAUGAGUUAAGCAUCAUGCCAAGUCAAUUCACACCUUCAGUGCAAGAUCAACAGCGUUCAAUAUAUGGAGAUCAAAUCUCGUCACAGCCUGUUCAUGUAACACCAUCGCCUACUUUCUACAGCCCACCACCUCCAGCAGUUCCAGGUCCUCAGCCAGCUGCUAUGAUGCCUCAUUAUGGGGUACCUUCUAUUGGUACAAUGCAGCCAACGUCCCCCCCACUUGCAGCUCCUCCCUCCACCGGAUCUGUAGGUUUUCGCCGUGGAGGUCCUAGCCGUUACUCCCAAGAUGCUGCACGAACUGCACUACCAACUAACAUGCUUAACCCAGCUCAGCCACAACCUGCUCCUUUCCUACCACCUUCAUCUGGAGUAAAUCCAAUGCCUUUUAAUACAUCACAAUCUGCUGUGCCAGCCCCAGCACCACCACCACAGUUUUUCAAUCCAGCAGCUACUUCUGCGGUAAACUCAAUGUAUGGUGACCAGCAGCAACAUUUGCCACCUGCACAGCCACUCGCCAAAACUCCAGCAGCCUUUGAUUCAUCAGUACCACGUGGUUGGAAUGAUCCUCCUCCUAUGUCAGCCUCUCGUAAAUGUGAUGGAGAGCCUAAGUUCCAUGGCGGUCACUCGGGGGACAAGAAGUUACUGAUGCUGAAGCAGGCUAAAUUACAGCAGCAGCAGCAGCAGCAGCAAAGCGAGGUCCCAAAAGCACCCGAGCCAAUAAUGUGCCCCGUACCAGGAAGUGUUCCUUCUGACUCGUCUCAACAGUUUAUGGGAUUCCAACACCCACAGUAUGGAGUUGAAGCACAUUCACCAGGUGGAGGGUCUGCAGCACCUGUGGGUGCUGCCCCUACCCCUGAGCCAGCUAGCAAGGGGCCACUACCAACUGAACACCAGGUUAUUCAAGAUGUUAUUAAUGAAGUCCAUAAUCGUUGCCAGUUGGUUGUUCAAAAUCAGCAAAUGAAACAACGUCUUGAGGAUGUUGGUUCAAAAAUGGAAUUAUUAUAUGACAAGCUGAGAGCUGGGCAGUUGAGUCCAGUUACGGUGUCUGGAGUUCAUCGAAUUGUGAAUGCAGUACAGACUGGUGAUUACCGAGGAGCUCUGAGUGUCCACGCAGAGACUAUAGCUAAAGGCAGUUUCUCAGAGCUUUCAUCUUUUAUGCCUUCCCUCAAACUACUUUUGCAGUAUUGCAUUCAGCUGCAAGUUUUUCUUCAGUAAUGAUGGUAUAUGUUAAAGAUACACAAGUCUUUAGAAAAUUACUUUUGAUAGUAAAGAACAAACAUUUUGAAAAAUUUGUAUAGAGUUUCUUACAUAAACCUGUUAAAGAUAUACCUGUACAUAUAUAUAUAUUCAGUACUGUAUGUUACAAUAUAUGAAGAUCUUAUAAUGUACUUGAAGUUGCAGCUGCUCUUUGGGUGAUAAGUUUUGCUUUACAGGGCCUUGGAUGAAAACUGUUCCCAUAUUAAAACUUAUUUCACAA